AUUCUCUAUAUCCUCAUUAUUAUUUUACUUUUUUAUUUUAUUUUUUUAAAAUCUUCAUUCAUUUCCAUCUAUAUAAAUCACAUCAACUAUACAUCUAUUCUCUCACACACAAUAUAUCUCUAUCUAUCCAUAAUCCAUCCUUUUCAACAAGCACACAAAAAGUAACAAAAUGUUGAAGCAUUUCUAUGUGAUAUCCAACAUUAUGAACAUUUUGUUCGUGUCACUUUUAGUGGUAAUAUCAACAUCAUGUGUAAGUUGUUUUUAUAUAAGUGAUGAAUAUUGCAAUCCUCAAGCAUCAACAUUGAUAAAAUCAUUUUGUUUAGCAACAUCUUUAGUUUACUACAUCUUCAUGAGUAGACCAAACAAAAUAUACCUAGUAGAUUUUUCAUGUUACAAACCAGGCAAAAACUGUCUUUGCACCAAAGAAAUGUUGAUGGAAAGAGCAAAACUAUUUGGUUUUCUUUCCGAGGAAAAUUUCAUUUUGAUUAAUAAGAUAUUAGAUAGGUCAGGUGUUGGACCUAAGACUUAUGUUCCUGAAGGGUUGUUGCAAAUUCCACCAAAAUUGACUCUUGAUGAAGCAAGACAUGAAUCAAAUUUGGUUCUUUUUGGAGCUGUGGAUGAGUUGCUUGAGAAAACAUGUGUUGAGGCUAAAGAUAUUGGGAUACUUGUGGUGAAUUGUUGUUUGUUUAAUCCUACACCUUCACUUUCUGAUGCUAUUGUUAAUCAUUAUAAACUUAGAGGAAAUAUUUUGAUCUAUAAUCUUAGUGGUAUGGGAUGCAGUGCUGGUGUUAUUGCGGUUGAUUUUGCCAAACAGCUACUUCAGGCACACCCAAAUUCAUAUGCAUUAGUGCUAAGUACAGAAAAUGAAAUCUCAAGCAUAUACAAAGGCAACAAUCCUUCCAUGCUGCUAACCAAUUGUCUCUUCCGAAUGGGCGGAUCGGCAGCCUUACUCUCGAGUCACCCAUCCGAUCGCCACCGCUCGAAAUAUCAGUUGAUGCAUUCGUUGCGCACUCAUGUAGGCGCGGACGAUAAUAGUUACAAAUGUGUCUUUCAAGAAGAAGACGACAAAGAUAUCAUUGGGGUUUCAUUGUCAAAAGACCUCAUGAAUGUUGCUAGAGACGCCCUUCGCGUGCACAUUACAUCACUCGGUCCAUUAGUCCUCCCGAUCUCGGAAAAGUUGAAAUAUGUGAAAAAUUUAAUCGAGAGGAAGGUUUUGAAGAGGAAGAUCGAAGCGUACAUGCCUAAUUUCAAGUUAGCGUUCGAUCAAUUUUGCAUCCAUACGGGCGGAAGAGCGGUUCUGGACCGAAUGCAAAAGAGUCUUGAGCUUGAUGAUUUUCUUAUGGAGCCAUCAAGGAUGACACUUUAUAGAUAUGGUAACACUUCAUCAAGUUCUAUUUGGUAUGAAUUAUCUUAUUGUGAAGCUAAAGGGAGAGUUAAAAAAGGACAUAAAAUUUGGCAAAUGGCAUUUGGAUCUGGAUUUAAGGUUAAUACAGCUGUUUGGCUUGCUUUGAAGAAUUGUGAUCCAACAUCAUUAAAAAAUCCAUGGAGGGAUGAGAUUGAUGAUUUUCCAGUUCCAAUGCACUGUUACAGAUCAAUGAAUAAAGCAUAGGUUAUAAAUAUUAUAAUGUGAUGUUAGUGUUUUAUGUGUUUGGUGAAAACAUUAAUUAGGUUUAGUUUAUGUUUGUGUGUGUUAUGCUUACUAAUUUGAGAAUAAUUAUGUUCUAAAAUGUUGUGUGAUGGAUAAUGUGUGGUGAGUAUGGUCAAUUAUGUAGUUGAGUUUGAAUGGAAUAUUUUCAAUUUUUAAUGAUUGAUGAAAGUUUUGAAUAGUAA